UGUAACUAUGCAUUAGUUCCUUUUCUUCUUAGCAGAAAAUGCUAUUCUUGUGGAUGCCAAUGGAAUAAACAAGAACAUAAGUUGUUGAUAUCUAGAAAAUCUUAUGCAACAAAGGCUAUAAAAUUGGAACAAGAAGAAGAGCCCCUCAAAGCUGUUGAGAAUAAGAAGAAGGGAACUGUUGCAGGCGCGGUCGCUCUUGUUAUUGGUACUAGCAUUGGUUCAGGGAUUCUUGCUCUCCCACAGAAAGCUUCUCCUGCUGGAAUUGUUCCAAGUUCGAUAUCGUUGAUAGUAUGCUGGGGAUUUCUCCUAAUCGAAGCACUUCUACUUGUCGAAAUCAAUGUGAAUUUGCGGAGAAAGAUGAGGAAAAAUGAGCAAGAGAAUGAAUUAGAGAUCAUCUCUAUAAGGACUAUGGCUCAAGAGACACUAGGAGACUGGGGUGGAAUUUUAGCCACCAUUACCUAUGUUUUCUUGGGUUACACUUCCAUGAUUGCAUAUUGUUCCAAGUCUGGUGAGAUCCUUUUUCAUCUCAUCAAUCUUCCUGAAUCAGUAUCAGGCUUCUUGUUCACUGCACUCUUUACUCUGCUCAUCUCCAUUGGUGGGACGCGGACAACUGAUCGAGUUAAUCAGUGGCUCACUGCUUCAAUGAUAGGUUUGUUAUUAGCAAUUGAGGUGGUGGCAGUUGUGCUUGGAGGAUGGUCAGGAUUGGAUGGAAGUGGGAACUGGGGAAAAGUUCCAGCGACAAUUCCCGUGAUAAUUUUUUCUCUGGUAUAUCAUGAUCUAGCACCCGUUCUUUGUGCUUAUUUGGGUGGUGACCUUGCACGAUUAAGGGUUUCAGUUUUGCUUGGUAGCCUAGUUCCGUUGCUAGCGUUGCUUAUUUGGGAUGCGAUUGCUCUCGGCCUCUCAGCUCAGACUAACCAAGUUGUUGAUCCUGUUGAAUUGCUCAUGAGGCAGAAAUGGAGUGGUAUUUCAUUUAUGGUAGAAGCCUUUUCACUUCUGGCAGUAGGAACAUCAAUAAUAGGGACACUCCUGGCUUUCUCAGAGUUCUUCAAGGAGCAAUUACAGAAACUCUCAUGGGAUUCUCCCUCUACACAAAUGUCAGAGGAGUCAGAGGAGUUCUCUGGGCUGAGUAACUGGUGGGGAAGGAAUAAAAUCAGCUUCACGGCAAUGGCAAUUGUUAUUGCUCCAACUCUCUUCGUCUCAACAACCGUUCCAGAUGUAUUCUCAGCUGCCACAGACAUUGCUGGGGGCUACUGUAUGACAAUGCUAUUUGGAGUCCUGCCGCCAGCAAUGGCGUGGGCGGUGCAUCGUCAGCAACCGGAGGGUGCUGAUAGAGAGGCAUUAUCAAGUGUAAAGCCUGUAGUUUUUGGGGCAGGGCUACUAGCAUGUUGUAUUGUGGUGGAGCAAAUCUUGCUGGAUUUUUCUGUAUUUCAUCCCUGAAAGGAUAAAGUAAACUAUUGCACAUAGUGUGUUCUCCUAUAUCUAAAUGUAAAGUAAAUAAUAU